AUGGAUGAGGAGGUUCAGGAAAAGCAGCUUUUGGCCGAGGAAGGAGAUGGAAUGGAGCAGCUUGAAGCCGAGGAGGGACUUGAAGCCACACAACUUGAACCUGAUGGAGCUAAACAUAUGGAGCUGGAACCUGACGGAAUUAAAGAGCUUGCAGCUGAGAAGGAGCUUGUUUCCAAGGAUUCUGUAGCUGCGCCAAUGGAACUGAUUACUCAUUCUGGAGUUAAUCUUGAGCCAAGAUGGAGAAGACAUGAUCCUAAACCUCCCUGGUUUUUGAUCCAAGCUCAAGAGAUCAGCAAAUGGGCAUGUGUCUCAUUUGUACUCUUUUUCCCUUGUGCUAUGGCCUCAGAAGAAGAAGAAGAGGAAACAAGCCGAGAAUCACCAUCAAGCCUCAACGAAGCCAUGCUUGAACAGAUCAAGAAGAUGAUGAUUGAGGAGUUUGAUCGGAGAGAAAAGAUUAAAGAAGGAAAGCGGAAGCAACCUAAGGAUCCUGUCACAUCUAAGAAGAAGCCGAUUGAGGAUCUUAGUGGUUACAUGAUGAUUCCGCCAUUCCAUGGGAACAAUGAUCCGGAUGUCUUUUGGAGCAUUCUGGAGCAUAUGGGACAUAAGGAGCAUGGAGGGACUUGGCACAUGGAAGCAGCUCAACUGGAUACGCAAAGGAAGAAGGGAGAAGCCAUCUUGAAGACCAGCUCGACCGUCUACUCGACCAACCGGUCGAGUUCCUCAACUCGACCGGCCAAGCUUCAACUCGAUCGAGCUGGAAGUCAAAGUCAAACCCGAAAAAUGUUGCUUCCCCCUUGA